AAGGGCGGCAGCAGCAAAGGCUCGAAGCCGGACGCCGAGGGCACCAGCAGUGAGAGCAAAUCCACCACCAAAGUCAAGGGCGCGAUGAGCAUCAACGUCAGACACAUCCUCUGCGAAAAGUUCAGCAAAAGCGAGGAGGCCAUGCAGCGGCUGAAAAACGGCGAGAAGUUUGAUGCCGUGGCGAGGGAGAUGUCCGAGGACAAGGCCAAGAGCGGAGGCUCGCUGGGUUGGCAGACCAAGGGGAACCUGGACCCUGCAUUCGAGAAGGUGGCGUUUGAGCUGCCGGCCAGCUCGGUCGACAAGCCGACCUACGAGAGGGUGAAGACGGGGUUUGGCUAUCACAUCAUCAUGGUCGAAGGGCGCAAGUAA